AUGUUUUCUAACUACUGUUUUGACCUUGAAGCCAGACCCCAGAUGCAGAGCCAGAGGGCAGAAUGGGCUCUGUAUUCCUCUAGGACAGAGGAGGCCAUCCAGCAUCCACACCUGAUCAGUUCCUCUGAAGACAGCAGACGGAUUUGCACAGAGAAAUCUGUGGUAUGCAGCAGGGGACAUGUGGUCAUUGUUGGAUUUUACCCCCUCUAUUCUUGGGAAUUGUUCAUUCAAAGCUUGAAUGACCCUACCCUGCAGCAACAGAACAUUCAGAUCAACUUAAAGAAAUACCAAUUGCUUCUCACCCUGCUGCUGGCUGUGGAAGAGAUCAACAAGAAUCCCCAUCUGCUACCCAACAUGACUCUGGGGUUUGAGAUCUAUACAGCACAUUACUCAGGUACUGAUCUGUUAGAGGAUCCUCUCAUCUGGCUGUCUGGGAAAAAUAAAAACAGCCCCAAUUACACCUGCAGAAGAGACAGCAAAGCUUUAGCAGGACUCACAGGAACCUCAAGCACAUCUGUUCCAAUCGGGACACUGCUGGACCUCUACCAACUUCCACAGUUCAUUUUUGGGGCUUUUGAUCCUCUCCUGAGUGACCAUGGAAAGUUUGGGACUGUCUAUCAGAUGGCAGCCAAAGACUCAGAUCUAGCCCUGGCCAUGGUCUCUUUGAUGCUUCAUUUCGGCUGGACCUGGGUGGGACUGUUCAUCACUGAAGACAACUAUGGUGUGUGGUUCCUCUCAGAAUUGAGAGAAGAGAUGGGCAAGAGUAGAGUCUGUUUUGCCUUUGAGAACAUGAUCCCUUACAAUGCCUUUACAGAUUACUCAGAUGAUCUGUCCACGUAUUGCCAGCUAAUGGACUCAUCAACCAAUGUGAUUAUCAUUUAUGGGGACAGUAAAUUUCUACUAAGCUUUAUUGUUAAAUUUGGGCACAUUUUAAUUACAAGGAAAGUGUGGGUCAUGAACUCACCCUAUGAUGACAUCACCAUUGGUAAAAGAUAUUUUCUGAUCCACUCCUUCCACGCAUCUCUCACCUUCUCUCAUCAUCAUAGAAACACUUCUCUGUUCACCAAUUUUAUUCUGAAAGGUACCUUGUCAAAUAACUUAGGAAAUAAUUCCCUUCCUAGGUCAUGGAUUCAGUCUGUUUAUAGCCUACUGAUUAAGUCUGACUGCAGAGACUUGGGGCACUGCUCAUACAAUGGCACACUCCAUUGGUUGCUGAGGCAUAUUUUUGACAUGACCAUGUCAGAAGAGAAUUACAACAUCUAUAAUGCUGUGUAUGCCUUGGCCCACACCCUCCACCAGAUGUUUCUUUGUCACAUGGAGGAGCCACUAGGGCACAAUGGUCAAUCAAGGGCAUUUCUCUCUUCACAGCUGCAUCCCUUUUUGAAGAAUAUCCAAUUUACCAAUCCUGUUGGAGACCAAGUGGUUUUGAAUGAGGAAAGGAAAUUGGAGGCAGAAUAUGACAUUAAGAGCUUUUGGAAUUUUCCAGAAGGUCUGGGACAAAGGGUGAAAGUUGGCGAGUUUUCUCCAUCUAGGCCAUAUGAUCAACAACUGAUUUUGUUUGAAAAUCUGAUAGAGUGGCCCAUAGGAAUUACCAAGACUCCUCAGUCUGUCUGCACUGAGAACUGUGGUUCUGGAUACAGGAAGGCCUCUGUGGAAGGAAAUGCUACCUGUUGCUUUGACUGCAUUCUUUGUCCAGAGAAUGAGAUUUCUAAUGCAGACAGUGAUUCUCACUCCUCAUCAGACAUGGAGCCGUGUGUCAGGUGUGCAGAUCAUCAAUUUGCCAACACCCAGAGAAACCACUGCCUCAUGAAAACUGAGGGCUUCCUGGCUUAUGAAGACCCCUUGGGCCUGUCCCUGGUCUGCAUGGCUCUCUGCUGCUCUGCACUAACAGCUGCUGUUCUUGGGGGGUUUAUCAAGCACCAAGACACCCCUAUUGUCAAGGCCAAUAACCGGGCACUCAGCUACAUCCUGCUCAUCUCCCUCACCUGCUGCUUCCUCUGCUCCUUGCUCUUCCUUGGCCGUCCCAACACAGCCACCUGCAUCCUGCAGCACACCACAUUCGCAGUGGUCUUCACCGUGGCUGUCUCCACGGUCCCAGCAAAGAUCAUCACUGUGCUUCUGGCCUUCACACUCACUGAUCCAGGGAGAAGCAUGAGACUGUGGCUGUUGUCCGGGGCUCCUAACCUCAUCAUCACCAUCUGCACUCUCAUCCAAGUGACUCUCUGUGGUCUCUGGCUGGGAAUCUCUCCUCCUUUUGUGGACAUAGAUGCACACUCUGAACAUGGCCACAUCAUCAUCCUGUGCAACAUGAGCUCUCUCACCGCUUUCUUUUCUGUCCUGGGAUACCUGGGUGCCCUGGCCCUGGCCAGCUUCACUGUGGCUUUUCUGGUCAGGAACCUGCCUGACACCUUCAAUGAGGCCAAGUUCCUGACCUUCAGCAUGCUGAUGUUCUGCAGUAUGUGGCUCACCUUCCUGCCUGUCUACCAUAGCACCAAGGUGAAGGUCAUGGUGGCCGUGGAGGUCUUCAUCUUGGCCCCCAGUGGAGGCCUCCUGAGCUGCAUCUUUGCCCCCAAGUGUUACAUUGUCUUGAUAAGACCUGAGAGAAAUUCACUGCACAGGUGUAGGGAGAGAACAACUGAAAGAAAUAAAUCUUAA